AUGGAAUUAUUUACACACCUGACCCUAAGCACACUCUUAAUUGUAUCCAUUUUCCAAAUAAACCUACUAACAAACUUCAUCCAAGCCACAAGAUUACAUAAUAGCCACAAUGACAGUGCUGAUGGGGACGAUAUAAGAGAUGACAAUGGGGACGAAACGAUUAAUGAUGUUGAAUCAGAUGAUGGAUAUACUCAUUAUGAAACAGAUGAAGAUUUAUAUGAAGGAAUAGAUGAAAUAUUUUUGCAACGUGACAGUCCCAAUAGAAAAUAUGGAUGCAGCGUCAAAAACGCAAAGAAAUUCAAAUGCGAACAUCCAUCUAUGGAGACAGAAGAUGAUUCUUGUUACAUAACAGAACUUUGUGCCAUUUGGGAUGGAAAAAGGAAUGACUGGCUUACCCAGGAAGAGAUUGAGAAUGCCUCACUCAAGCAGUUACCCAAGGAAACCACAACUGAAGCAGAAGAGAAUCUAAUAAUACCGGAAGAUACAGAUAAUGAUGAAGAUGAUGAAACUGUAUAUAGUGAAACUGAAGAUACUGAUGUUGAUGAAUUUGUUGCGCAAGAUGAAGAUAUAUACCAUGAACUAGAUGAAUUAUCUGAAGAUGGGGAUGAUAAAUCUGACUAUAGUGAUGUCAUAAACCCGUAUAUUCACACACCUGGCACUGAUGAUGAGGAUAAUGCUGUUGGCCCUGGUGAUAAAAAUAGACGUAUAAAUAACCAUGAUAUUGACUAUAAUGAUGACAGAGAUAAUCCAGAUGAUGAAAGUAUUGCUGAUGGUCCAGGAGGCAGUAUACCUUCAGUGCCUAGAAGGGAAGAAUUAGAGGAUGAUGAAAGUAUUGCUGAUGGCCCAGGAGGCAGUAUACCUUCAGUACCUAGAAGGGAAGAAUUAGAGGAUGGCGAAGAAGAUAUGGAAAACAAUAGGCGUUAUCAUGGGCCCGAGCAUGAAUUUGAAGAGAUAAUACCUGGUAAUGAUAGGCCCGAGGAUACCUAUUCUGAAGGGAAUUAUGACAGAGAUGAUCUAUAUAAUGAUGACAGAGAUAAUCCAGAUGAUGAAAGUAUUGCUGAUGGUCCAGGAGGCAGUAUACCUUCAGUGCCUAGAAGGGAAGAAUUAGAGGAUGGCGAAGAAGAUAUGGAAAACAAUAGGCGUUAUCAUGGGCCCGAGCAUGAAUUUGAAGAGAUAAUACCUGGUAAUGAUAGGCCCGAGGAUACCUAUUCUGAAGGGAAUUAUGACAGAGAUGAUCUAUAUAAUGAUGACAGAGAUAAUCCAGAUGAUGAAAGUAUUGCUGAUGGCCCAGGAGGCAGUAUACCUUCAGUGCCUAGAAGGGAAGAAUUAGAGGAUGAUGAAAGUAUUGCUGAUGGUCCAGGAGGCAGUAUACCUUCAGUGCCUAGAAGGGAAGAAUUAGAGGAUGAUGAAAGUAUUGCUGAUGGCCCAGGAGGCAGUAUACCUUCAGUACCUAGAAGGGAAGAAUUAGAGGAUGAUGAAAGUAUUGCUGAUGGUCCAGGAGGCAGUAUACCUUCAGUGCCUAGAAGGGAAGAAUUAGAGGAUGAUGAAAGUAUUGCUGAUGGCCCAGGAGGCAGUAUACCUUCAGUACCUAGAAGGGAAGAAUUAGAGGAUGAUGAAAGUAUUGCUGAUGGCCCAGGAGGCAGUAUACCUUCAGUGCCUAGAAGGGAAGAAUUAGAGGAUGAUGAAAGUAUUGCUGAUGGUCCAGGAGGCAGUAUACCUUCAGUGCCUAGAAGGGAAGAAUUAGAGGAUGAUGAAAGUAUUGCUGAUGGUCCAGGAGGCAGUAUACCUUCAGUGCCUAGAAGGGAAGAAUUAGAGGAUGAUGAAAGUAUUGCUGAUGGUCCAGGAGGCAGUAUACCUUCAGUGCCUAGAAGGGAAGAAUUAGAGGAUGAUGAAAGUAUUGCUGAUGGUCCAGGAGGCAGUAUACCUUCAGUGCCUAGAAGGGAAGAAUUAGAGGAUGAUGAAAGUAUUGCUGAUGGUCCAGGAGGCAGUAUACCUUCAGUGCCUAGAAGGGAAGAAUUAGAGGAUGAUGAAAGUAUUGCUGAUGGCCCAGGAGGCAGUAUACCUUCAGUACCUAGAAGGGAAGAAUUAGAGGAUGGCGAAGAAGAUAUGGAAAACAAUAGGCGUUAUCAUGGGCCCGAGCAUGAAUUUGAAGAGAUAAUACCUGGUAAUGAUAGGCCCGAGGAUACCUAUUCUGAAGGGAAUUAUGACAGAGAUGAUCUAUAUAAUGAUGACAGAGAUAAUCCAGAUGAUGAAAGUAUUGCUCAUAAAAAUGGUAGUGAAGAUGACUCAAGAGAGAAUCUAAAUUUAAAUCCUUCAGAUACUAGAGAUAUACCCCGUGUAACUAAUAGUGGUGAUAUGGCUGAUAAAGGCCCCAAUGGUCAAGAUGAUGGUAGGGAUGAUAUAGGUACUGGCCUUCACGAUAGUAGUACCCCUAAUGGAAAAAAUCUUAGGGGUGACAAUAAUCAACCAGAUGAUGAUCAACCUGAAAAUAUAUCUGACGAUUCAACUCCCUCUGCUGAUGAUUUAUAUGAAUUGCCCAAACCAUAUGAUCAAAAAUCUGAUCAAAUUGAGCAAAAGAAUAGCGCCAAAGAUAGAAGAGCCGAUCCACUUGACUAUAGUUCGUACCCUUCCAAAUACAAAAAAUGUCUACAGAAUUUACGGCUAUUCAGGGCCCAAAAUAAUUGCCUCAAGGCAAAAGUUAGCAGGUCUACUUAUCGCAAUUGUAUUAAGAAUAGAAUCACAAAGUAA